AUGUCGUCACCGUCUCAACAAUCACUGCCCGCGCAUUUGCUCCCCGACCGUGAGAUUCACGUGGUGGUGUCAAUUCUGUCUGGUCGUCACAAAGCGAAAGAAUACUAUGAAGAAUCCAUCAAGCCAUUACUCGACAGCCACGGUAUCGUCUACUUCCCUCACGAAACCAAGUCUACUAAGACAAUCAUCGAGUUAACUGAGAGGCUUUUCAUCGUGAACGCGCGACAAGGUGUCAAGCAAACUAUCAUAUUGCUGUCAGGAGAUGGGGGUAUGGUUGAUAUCGUCAACACGUUUACAACUCUCUUGAAUCGGCGGAAUGAUGACGUUCGAGCUCCGUCAAUAUUCCUUAAGCCUGUCAUUGUUCUGAUCCCCAUGGGGACGGCGAAUGCUUUGGCGUGGAGUUCUGGUGUGGCUCAAGACCCUCUCAAGACCAUGAUGCAAGGAAAACCAAAAUCGCUGCCCUCCUUCAAGGUUUGUUUCAGUCGCGGCGCGGAACUGGUCGUCAAUGAAGGCCAAGACCGGGAACCUAUAGGCGACGAGGAUGAAAAUGGACCGAUCAUGUAUGGCGCAGUGGUUUCUAGUUGGGGGCUUCACGCAAGCCUGGUGGCGAUGAGUGAUACAACGGAAUACCGCAAGCAUGGUCUCGCAAGAUUCCAAAUGGCAGCACAACAGCUAUUGAAAGAAACUCACCAGUACAGAGGUAAGGUCAAAUGGCGGAAAUCAGACGGCGAAUGGAGGAACCUGCCUGGAACGCAGCACUCCUACAUACUAGCUACCAUGGUUUCCAACCUCGAGGAGCAUUUCCAGAUCUCACCUGCCACGAAACCUCUCGACGGGAGCCUACGACUCGUCGCCAUUGGUGCUGAAUCGGCCUCUGAAAUCAUGCGAAUACUCCAGCUAGCCUAUCAAUCUGGGAAGCACGUCACAGACCCGAAGGUUACAUAUGAAGAUAUCGAGGCCUUGAGGAUAGAAUUUGACGAGGAGGACGAACAGUGGAGGAUGGUUUGCGUUGAUGGGAAGAUCGUGGCAGCAAGUCAAGGCGGCUGGGUCGAAGUCACAAGGAUUCCCCCUACGGGUAUGGACGCAAGAAGGGUCGUCGAGUUGGUGUGCUAG